AUGCGCGUCUCCACAUCGCUCUUCGCAGCGGGAUCCCGGUCCCGGUCUGCAGUGAAAGCUCCAAUUCUGGGAUCAACACCAAAACCAAAAUCAGGAAGCGUAUCAGCACUGAUACCAUCUGAAUCCAUUCCAUGGCUGCGAUCGCUGAAAUCCACAGAUUUGCAGCGCAUCGCGCGCGCAACGGGGAUUAAGUCUUCUGGCACGAAAGCCGUCUUACUAGAAAGGAUCCAGUGUGAAUUGCGAAGUCACGUUCAUGGUCAUGUCCAAUCUCAAGCUCAAGAUAGAAGCCAGCAUAAAUCCCAUUCAGGCGAUGAACCAUGGCGGAUCUUGAGUAUUGAUAUGGGGAUUCGGAAUUUGGCAUUUGCUUUUUUGACUGUCCCUUGUCCUUUUUCUAGGACUACAUCAGGUUCUUGGAAUGAAAGUCAAGAUCAGGAACAAAUACAAGUACAAUUGCAACGCCCAUAUAUACCAGAGUUACAAGCCUGGAGACGUCUAUCCGUCUCAGAUGGCCUAGACCUCUCAAAUCUACCAACUCCAACUCCAACUCCAACUCCAAGCUCAGAUUCCGAAUCAGAAUCUCUCGCAAAAGACAAAGGGAAAGAAAAAGAGAGUUAUUCCCCAGAUACAUACGCCUCAAACGCCUACAAUCUCAUAAAAACCCUUCUAUCAGCCUACACCCCAACCCACAUCCUCAUCGAGCGCCAACGUUUCCGCUCCGGUGGAAGCAGCGCAGUUCAAGAAUGGACACUUCGCGUUGGUGUCUUUGAGGGAAUGAUGCAUGCUACCUUGCAUACUUUACGUGUUGAGCGUGGGAAUAUAGGGAUUGUUGAAGGUGUUGAGCCUAAGAGGGUGGUAGGGUUUUGGGAUGAGAUUGGAAGAACUGGGGGUGGAAGUGGAAUUGUGAAGCUAGCUGUUAGUGCUAGUGAGAAGAAACCUAGUGCGAGGGAGGUGAAGAAGGCAAAAAUGGGCAUUGUGGGUGGUUGGGUGGAGGGGUCAUUGGAGGGUAGAUAUGGGAAGGUGAUUGUUGGGGAAGAUGAGGCAGUUCGUGAGUUGGCGGGUGCUUAUGUCCGGAAGUGGAAGGGGGAGAAAGGGAAGAAGGUGGAUAUAGGGAAACUGGAUGAUUUGGCGGAUUGUUUGUUGCAGGGGAUUACAUGGUUGGAGUGGCAGGUCAUGAGGGAAAGACUUGUUAGGGAGGGAUUGCAGGCUUUAGAUUGUACGUGA